AUGUACGAGGAUCUUUUGUACAAACAAGAACUAUUUUGGGCACAAAGAGCUAAAGACAAUUGGAUCAGGUUCGGAGAUCGAAACACUACGUAUUUUCAUGCAAAGGCUUCGCAGAGAAAGAAGAGGAAUGCCAUCACCAUGCUAAAGAACAAUUCGGGAUUCGUGCUCACUGAUCAAUCUGAAAUUCGGGAGCAUAUUACCCAACACUUUAAUCAUUGCUAUUCUUUACCACAUUUUUGUGAUACCUCUGCUUCAAAAUGGAGUACUUUUGACUGCUUUCUCCCUACUAUCUCCUCUACUAAUGCAGCACAGUUAAUAGCGCCUCCCCAACUCUCCGAGUUGCGGGAUGCGCUAUUUAGUAUGAAGCCUGAUAAAUCACCCGGCCCAGAUGGGUUUUCUCUUCGCUUUUUCCAAACCCAUUGGGAUCUGGUACACACUGACCUAUUUUCAUUAGUGCAGGCUUUCUUCAGUGGAAAAGAUGUCCCCACAAGUAUUAAUAAGACAUCCAUUGUUCUUAUUCCAAAGAAAGAUCACCCCGAGCAUAUUACUGAUUUCAGGCCAAUUAGUUUAUGCAACGUCACAUACAAGUGUCUGGCAAAGAUCCUUGUUAACCGACUAAAGGCGAUCCUUCCUGAUCUCAUAGCUCCGGAGCAAUCUGCCUUCGUCCUAGUUUUAGUUAAUGGUGAGGAUUCUAACUGGUUCAAACCGACUAGAGGCCUAUGGCAAGGAUGUCCACUUUCCCCUUACUUAUUCAUCUUAGCCAUCAAUGCUUUAUCUGCUAUGUUCAAGGCAGCCACUGUGGAAAAUUCGUUAGAAGGGAUUCGUCUUGGAACUGGGGGACCAAUUCUAACUCAUGUUCUGUACGCCGAUGAUCUAUUUGUUUUCUCAAAAGCAACCAACAAUGAUAUUCGUGCCCUUAAGAUGCUUCUUCUUACUUUUUGUGAAUUACCUGGGGACGAGAUUAACUAUUCUAAAUCGGCAAUUAUUUUCAAUCGACGCAUGAGCGAGGUACAACGAGAUGCUAUUCGACUGGAGCUAAAUAUAAAUGAUGCACCCUUGCAAGGCAAGUAUCUAGGGAACCCCCUUUUUCUUGAAAGAAGCCUUACUAAUACUUUCGAGUUUGUUAUUAAUCGCUUGCAAAAGAGAUUAACAGGUUGGAAAGCUAAAAGUCUCUCCCAUGCUGGAAGACUAACUCUCAUCCAAUCCGUUUUACUUGCUAUACCACGCUUUUAUCUCAGUUUUAUUAUUCUCCCGGCCAAGUUCAUUCACAAGAUUGAACGUGUUAUUAGAGACUUUUGGUGGGGGUUUGAUGACUCAAAUAGGCAUUUAUACCUGCAGGCGUGGUCAAAACUCACGAGAGAUCGGAAAGAUGGAGGAUUGGGAAUUCCUUCUCUAGAAGUACUCAACAGAGCGCUUGUUACUAAAUUGGUUUGGAGUUUUCUACACUGUCCUAAUUCCCUGUGGGCGAAAGCUAUCAGACACAAAUACCUAGUGCAGGAUUUUUGGACAGCAAUAGCUAGAUCGAAUGCCUCUCAGAUUUGGAAAUCUAUGCUGAGUAUGAGACAUGUUCUACACGGGGCAUUUGAACAAAUGGGGGAGCAUACUCGGUGGAGGGCUACAUCUACAGGACGUUUCACCCUAAGCUCGGCGAUUUCGUAUUUGAACCGACAGCAAUCUUCAAGUUUGAAUCAUGGGAUUAGUGCAAGAACACAAGGUAUCUGUUUUAAAAUUUGGAAGCUCAAGGAAGUUAUGCCGCGGGUUAAAUUAUUCAUUUGGCGUGCUGUUGUGGAUGCUCUUCCAGUGGGCCCCAAGCUUGCGGAGCGUAUACCUCAUUUCGGAGACUCUUGCCCACUGUGCCAGGAGCAGUCUGAGACGAGGGAUCAUUUGUUCUUUCAUUGUCUAUUAAGUCAGCAAGUGUGGUUUGCCUCGCAGGUUAGUCUGCGCACUGCACAGUCUUCACUGACUUUCAUAGAGUGGUUGGAUGCACUCAUUAACAAUGAACGAUUUUACGAGAUUCGGGCAUAUUGCAUGCAUGUGUUGUGGUCCAUUUGGAAGGCACGAAAUGAUUAUAUUUUUCAGCACAAGAAAUUUUCAUGUUCGGAAGUUUUGAGGAAUGCGAGAAUGUGGACGAAGCUCUAUAGCAAAGCUCACCUUCAGCCUCUCCAUAUUCCUGAUCCGGCGACUAUCAAUUCUUUUUCACCACCAAAUACCAUCUGUUGGGUGGAUGGUGCUUGGAAGGAAAAUCGCUCGGGUGGAAUUGGAUAUUUAGUCGUAGAAGGGGAUGUGGACGUUUAUUGUUGCGCAGCACCUUCCAUCGAUUCAGAAACUGCUCUUGCUGCAGAGAUACAAGCUUGGUAUGAGGCAGUUAAGUGGCUUCUAAAUAAUCGGCCUAAUAUCAAGUGCUCAAUUUACACAGAUUCGACUGCUAUCAUUCGUUCCUGUUUGUUUAAGGACCAGCAUAACCCAUUUUCACUACAAGAAUUAGAGCGUAUUGCUUGGCUUCGACGCCUUUUGGAGUCCAACAAUAAUAUUCUUAUAGGGUGGUCGUCUAGAUAUAGUUCUUUUUCACAACAUGUUGAUAAAUUAGCUAAAUGGUGCCUUGGUUCCCAGGUAGCUUCUAGUUGGUCUUCUUUCACAGAGUUUGAGAAGUUUGUAACUCCUUAUCAUAUGGAAUAA